AUGAUUGCUCAGCGGGUUGGCAUCGCCGCCCUGCGCAGAGGCGCGCGGCCCAGCCUCUUCCCCUUCAUCAAGGUAGCCACCGGCGGCAUGCAAGCUCGCCCCGUGGCGACGGCCAAAAUCUCCCAAGACGACGGGCACCAGAUCCUCGUGAAGCAGCGGCUGCAGCGCCCCGUCUCGCCCAACCUGGGCAUCUACAAGAUCGAGCAGACGUGGCUGGGCCACUCGGCGUGGACGCGCAUCACGGGCUGCACGCUGUCGGCCGCCGCGUACGUCUACUUCGGGGCGUACCUGGUCGCGCCGCUGGCCGGGUGGCACCUGGAGACGGCGAGCCUCGCGUCGGCGUUUGCCGCGCUGCCGUUCGCCGUCAAGGGCGGCGUCAAGUUCUUCCUCGGGUUCCCGUUUGCGUACCACUUCAUCAACGGGCUGAGGCACCUGUGGUUCGACCUGGGUAAGGGCUUCGCCAAGCCGAGCAUCAAGAGGGGCGAGAUGGUGCUCUGGACGUCGAGUAUUCUGAGUGGACUGUAUUUGGCUUUCGGGCUGUAA